AUGGAGUCAAUUACAAAUUACAAAGAUCUACCAUUGUUCUUUUCAAUCUUCAUCUUCGUUUAUCUUCUCGGUUACUUAUUCAUUUUCCGUAGAUGGACUCCAGAGUCUCGUCCCUUAGCUUCUAGCUGCUUAAUCUCCCUCCUCCACGGCAUCUCCGCCGUGUACCUCGCCACGCGCGCCUUAAUCUCCGAUCCUAACCGCGGAUUCUCCUCCGGCAACACUCAAUCGCAAAACUCCGUCCUCGAUUUCAGCUCCGGUUAUUUCCUCGCCGAUCUCCUUCACCUCGCCGUGUUUCCAUCUCCCGCCGGUGGUGACUCACUCUUCGCCGCCCAUCACGCCGCCGUGCUCUUCGUCUUCCUCACCUGCCGCUACAUGGUGGCUCACGGCGCCUGCGCGCUCCUCGCGCUUCUCGUCGUCGCCGAAGCCACGAGCGCGUGUCAGAACUCGUGGACCUUAGCGGCGGCGCGAGGUCCAGACGCGCCAAUCGCGGUUGGGAUUCGCCGUUUCGUGACGUUGCCGUUUUACGCGUCGUACAGCGUUUGCAGGUGCGUUGUCGCGCCGCUGUUUAUAGUGAGGAUGACGUGGUUUUACGUCACUGGAGGAGCUGAUGACGUCAUACCCAGAUGGGUUUGGGUCUCGUGGACGGUCGUUAUCGUCGUUGCCGUUACCGUUAGUAUCCUUUGGAUUUGGAAUUUAUGGGUUUUGUUUUUUCGUGAAAAUAGAUAUUCUAAAAUUGCCAAAAAGAUUAAGUAA